AUUUCCUUACAAGGUUUGGAUCUCACUUGUUGCCAUCUACUGUAGUUUUGAGUUGGGCUUAAAGAGGUCUCAAGAACUUGGGUCGUAGGGGCCUAACCCAUAUCAUUACCAUGAAAAAAAAAAUUCCCCAACAGUGAUCCAAUUCAAAAGAUCAGACUCAACCCAUUAAUGCCAAUAUUAAAUUAGUAUAUACACCAUUCACACAAUUUCUUGAUUUAUUUCUUCUCCACCCAUUUCAUAAUUCUUAUUAUCACAUAUUUUUCUAUAUGUAUCUCCAAAAGAAUCUCAAAAUUAUUUGAGUUUUAGAACAAAAAAUAUGGAAUCCAUAUUUGUGUAUGUGCUUAAUUAUACAACCUUUCUGAUACUUAUUAUCAGCAUAUUUAUUUUAUAUUUCUCUGUUUUCAAAACAAAAAUCAGGUGUUCAUCUUUGUAUAACAUUCCUCCUGGCAAAAAUGGGUGGCCAAUAAUAGGAGAAACCUUAGAAUAUGUCUCAAACAACCAAAAAUUCGUAUGGGAUCGAAUGAUGAAGUAUUCCCCUGAUGUAUUCAAGACCUCUAUCAUAGGGGAAAAAGUUGCUGUUUUAUGCGGUCCUUCUGCUAACAAAUUCAUCUUCUCAAAUGAAACAAAUCUGUUCAAAUUCUGGUUGCCUCCUUCAGUUGCAGCUAUUCUUUCAGUAACAAACAUCGACACGAAUUCAUCGUCGUCUAGAUUAGUAACAGAGGAAUUGCACAAGUUCCUUAAGCUCUAUUCGAUGCAAUAUCUUGUGCCUAUUAUGGAUUCUAAGGCACAACAACAUUUACAAUCUUUUUGGGUUCCUGAUAAUGAAGUAAAAGUUCACUUACUUGCAAAGGAGUUUACUUUUGCUCUUUCUUGUUGCUUGUUUCUUGAUUACCAUAAGAGUGAACAAGUAACGGGUAUUUCGGAACCCUUUUACGUGUUGAACGAGGGGGCCGUGGCGAUGCCUAUAAAUUUUCCUGGCACCCUUUACUACAAAGCUCGAAAGAGGGAAGCUGAGCUUCGAAGUAAGCUUGUUGAUGAGAUUAGACAGAGGAAAAUCGAGUUAUCUCGGAAAAAUCACGGUGGUUUCGACUUGUUGACUAGGGUGCUUAUGGCUUCUCAAGAGAAUGGGGUGAUGAUCGAUGAGACGGUUGUUGCUGGAAGGAUUAUUUCUCUCUUGUUUGCUAGCUUUUUUACUACAAGCAAUACUAUCACUUUUGUGAUAGACAACCUUGCUAAAUAUCCUCAUGUUUAUGAGAAGGUUUUACAAGAGCAAUUGGAGAUUGCGCGAUCAAAAGAGGCAGGGGAACUACUAACAUGGAAGGAUGUACAAAAAAUGAAGUAUUCAUGGAAUGCAGUAUGUGAAACAAUGAGACUUGAACCACCCGCCCAAGGAAGUUUUAGGGAGACUAUCACUGAUGUCACUUAUGCUGGUUUUAAGAUUCCUAAGGGAUGGAAGGUACAUUGGAAUAACCAUUCAACAAAUAUGGACCCGAAAAUAUUUCCGGAUCCAGAAAAAUUCGACCCGACAAGGUUUGAAAGCAACAAAGUGCCACCCUUUGCAUUUGUACCAUUUGGAGCAGGGCCUAGAAUGUGUGCAGGGAAAGAAUACACAAGAAUUGAAAUACUCGUAUUUCUGCACAAUGUGGUGACUAAAUUCAAACUCCACAAAAUUAAUCCAAAUGAAAAGGUGAUUUAUAACCCAAACCCACAUCCGGUUGAAGGUCUUCGAAUCCAUAUUCAGCCUCAUGAAAAUUAAAAAUGCUUCUAGGCUCUUGGUUGACAAUAUAAAAUGGGGGAAGUGGAAAUUCUUGAAAUUUGAUUAGUUGGAUAGUUGUUUGGUGACACACAAAAGAAAAAACGGAGGAAACAAGGAAAGUAAAUUACUAAGCCUCUAGUGAAUUGAAGUUCAUGGGAGUUUUAAAUUCUCACCUUACCAACCAAACAAGUUUAAUAAUUUUCUAGGAAUUUCAUUAGGGAAAUAGCUUUUUAUUAAAUGCAAUGCAAUUUCCUAUGAAAAUUUAAUUUCCAUGUCAAUCAAACAAUUCCUUAAUUAUAGUAUUUGUGUUUCGGAUUGAUGAAUAAAGUUGUGACUAAUAAUCUCUUAACUACUUUUGUCA